AUGGAAUGUGGAGUUUGCUUAAACGAAUAUGAUUCUCGUAAUCAUGUUCCUACCUUGCUUGACUGUGGGCACACAUUGUGUAGAAACUGUAUAGAAGAUCUCCUCUCAUCAGAGCAAAAACUGUGCCCUAUUGAUAGAAAUCCAAUCGGCACCCGAUUAGUUCCGAACUAUGAAUUACUAAGCCUACUAGAGCUCAGAUGUCAAAAUCCUAUAAGAAAUCUUAACGAAAACGAGUUGAAAUGCAAAAAUGGUCAUUUUUUAGCCUGCAGUGAAGAUUUUAAAGCAGAAUACGAAGGCGCAGGUUUAAUGUUUAAGUGCAAACUUUGCAAACGUGAAAUAAACGAUGGCUGAUUAUGCAAAUUUUGUGUAUUUCCUAUAUGUGAUGAGUGCAAAAGAUGGUCAACUGAUACACAAGAGAUCAAUGACCCUGGAAUCGUUUGUGUAAAAAAUCAUAAAAUCCGACUCACUCCAAAUGCUGAAGAAUGGAACUCGAGGAUCGGAAGAUGAAAAAAUGGGAAAUUUUUAUGUGAUACUUGUCUUGUUAAAAAAACUGGGGCUAGUGCUCAAUGCCGAACCUGCAAUUUUGACAUGUGUGCUGAUUGUUUAUAUAAAUUAAGACAAGUUUUAUCAAUGGUUGAAUACUUAAUUUGCAAAAAUAAGCAUCCGCUUGUUUGGCUUCCUGAUUUUGUUACAUCAAGAAAUAAAGACUUUGCUUGCAAUGGCUGCAAGAAGAGGUUUAAUAAAUCGGGAAGCUUCAACUGUGGGCUUUGUAGAUUUGAUUUAUGCAUUUUAUGUGCAGAAAGCAGAAUUGUUAAAAUGAGAAAUUCUAUUCAUGAAUUGUUAUAA